AUGGUCGUGGGUGGAGCAGUGGUCGUGGUGGAGGUUGAGGCGGCCCCCGAGAUUGGGCGAAUUGGUGCUAUAGGCGCUGCUUCGCGCGAGGAGGACGCGGAAGAGGGCGUCGAGCUAGGGGAGGAUGACAGAGAGGAGGAAGGAGAGGACGUGACCGUUGAGGUAGUAGAGGUGAUAUCUGUAUGUGUGGAUGUGGAGAUGAGGGUUGAUGCGGACGCUGUAGGGGCGGAGGUACUGGUUGAGGGAGGUGGUGGUGGUGGAGAGGCAGUCACGGUAGGGGCGACGAUUACGCAAGUGUUGUCAUGGCUGAUGUCGGCGCAUACAGUCGAGCCGCUAGGGCAGAGGUAG